UCUGCGGGUCGCAGCUGCCGCCGCGGGACCGCCCAUGGCCCGGAACGAGCCGCUGCUGAGCGCCCUUAAAGGCACAGUGCUGCGGUUACGGGAGGCAGGGGGGCCCUGCACGGACACCUCGCCACACCUCACCUCCCUCUGCCAGCUGCUGGAGAGCAUCCUGCGCAAGGGGCUGCGACAGCCAGCCUGGGCCUUCAGGAGAUGGGAUUACUGGCGCUGGCUGGAGCAGCUUCCCCUGGGGAAUGGUGGCAGGCCGACCCCUCUGUCCAUCAGCAUCCAGACGGUGGGCAGCUGCCAGAAGGUGCGGAUGGCGCAGGGCCGCGGGCGGCACUUUCUGCGCUUGGCUCUGCAGGGGAAGAUGCUGCCAGCAGCCGUCCAGCAGCUCACACAGAGCCCCCAGCUCCUGGAGUUUUACGACCCACUGAGCUCCAUCCUCGGCAAUGAAGAGCUCCUGGAGCCUUUCCUCUCGCUGCUGCUGGUGGUGACAGAGAUGGAUUUCUCCCUGGACCUGCAGAACUGCAGCUUCUUGGACGAAAGCUGGCUGCUGCCGGUGUGCAUCACUUACGAGACAGUCCCGUGCCAGGUGCUGGGGAUGGUGCUCAGGUACGUGGAGGGCCGUGUCUUUGUCACUGAGGUGCUCCCUGAGAGCCAGGCUGAGGUGGAUGAGGUAGUUCUGGCCGGUGACAUCCUCGAUGAGAUCAAUGGCCACUCACUGCGGAACGCCUACAGCGGGCAGGCUGGGGCCCUGCUGCAGAAGCUGAAGGGCCAACCCCUGAGCUUCCGCCUGCUGCGCUGGCGGUGGCAUGACGGGCGAGUCUAUGAGCCGCUGCUGCCCUACCUGAAGGUCCUGAAGGAGAAGGAGCCUCACUUCCAGCUCCAGCACGGCCCUCGGCACAGGGGCCAGGAGGAGUCAGGGCAGCUGCACGGGGGCAGGCUGCUCUAUGACUUGCAGUACCUUGGCCGGACCUGCAUUGGGAAGUAUGGUGGCAAAGAGGUGCUGGACCAGGCCAUCCCCACUGUGCUGGAGAAGCAUUUGGCACUACGGGAGGUUUUAUUUGAUGUGAAGGAAGCAGAAGUCCUCAUACGGGAUAAGACUUCAUCCAAGCUGCUGUGCCGCUACCCCUACCCUGCCAUCUCCUGCGUGGGACGCCGCAGGGACAGCAGCCGUCUCUUCGCCUUCUGCGUGGUCGCUUCCCCAGAGAGUCCUGACGGGAGCACAUUCGACUGCCUGGUGUUUGCAGCCAGGUCUGAGCAGGACUGCGAGGAAAUCGUCAGGAGCAUGGCUGCAGGGUUUAAGCACACCGAGGGGUUUGUGUGAUGAGGGACAGCCCUGGCUCCAGCCUUCACCUCCAGCAGCCGGCAGCACCCUGAAUGAUGUGGCCCCCACUCCCAGGAGGCUGGAUGGCUUUCAACCCACUUCCAGGAGGAAGCGCUGUGAAGGCAGCUGCCUGCUCCCUGCUCACAACUGGCCCUGCUCCUCCUCCCCAACUGCUCCUUCAGCCACAGCAC